CUCUCUACAAAUACUUCACAAAACAACGACAGCCCAUACAUCAAUGAGCUUUCUUUCUAUCAUGCUUGUCAGUUCACCACGUUAGGAUCAACCUGUUAAAGUAAGCCAUCCACGGACCGUCGCGCAAUCCGACGUGUCCGGAAAUGGUUGAUACAGUGGAAUCCAAGAUCAUUAUAAGGCGCGACGCCUCAGACACAACAGCUUCAAGACCAUCUACGAGCGUAGACACGAGAAGCCCUUCGCCUCAACAGCACUGGCCUAUCACCAAACACAAGAAAAGUCUAUCACAUUUGAAUGAGAGUGCACAGGUCGUUGUACUUGAGCUCCAACAACAGCGAAAAGAACUGGGGAAGCAUCCUAACGAAUCUUACUAACAGCAGAGCAGGAUCGAACAGCUACUUGAAAGGACCUAGUAGUAGUAAGAAACGACUUGGAAUAGACUUUGGAACUAUAAGCAGCAGACAGAGGUUGAGACACAGUAAAUAUAGGAAUAGCUGGAAGCUGUGUUAACCUUCGAGACGUAGUGGCUGACUUUGCGACCUGCGCCAAAACCAAAACACUCUAUGGCAAAGAGUAGCUUCUGGUUUAGGUAGUUCACUGCCAACAUCAAUGAGAUCAUUCCUAGUAUGAGUCGCGCAUUGUUGCAGUGUGAGUGACAUAUGACCUCAAAAUUUGAUGCAACGGGGAAAGCCUGCUGUAGCUAACGAGCGUAACAAGAGAUGCCGUAAAUGGCCUCCCACAAUGUCCUCGGACCUCCUGGACCUCCACGACGCCAUUUGGAGAAAUCCCUCUCAGUCCGUGGAAGCUGUCGCGGCCCAGUAACCACUGUGCGACUCCUGUACCUCGCAGACAUCCCCUUAAAAUAGGGUGACCAACAACCACACCUAUCCUACCUCAAGGGGAUCUCUGCAGGUUAUGCAAGGCAAAUAUUGGCCAUUGGGCCGUGGUAGCUUACAAUCGAAGGCUGUUUGAAAGAUCAACGAAAGACAUUUUGUUUCUCUGGAUCCCCCGUGAGACUGAGCUCAACCAGCUUGUACCAAGGUGCACAUCAUCCCGCGGAGCUUACAAAUCCGGCAGUCUUACAAAUACAACAAUCACAUCAUCAUCACGCCCUCGCAUUCACUUAUAUAUCAUUACCUCCUGGCUCUCAUCUCAUUCAUGACUCACCAACGAUCGAUUCUGACGCCCAAAAACUGGACCACCACUCACAAUGGCACCUAUCCGCGUCGGCAUCAUCGGGCUCUCGUCCACCGCGACGACGGGCUGGGCAAGCCGCGCUCACCUCCCCUACCUCCUCUCCGCCCGCGGCCGCUCAAAUUACACAAUCACGGCCCUCUGCAACUCGAGCGUCGAGGCAGCCCGCCGCGCCGUCGCGGCCUACGAACUCCCCUCCGAGACCAAGGCUUACGGCAGCCCGUCCGACCUCGCCGCAGACCCGGACGUUGACCUCGUCGUCGUCUCGACGCGCGUUGACCAGCACUACGACACGGCGCUGCCCAGCGUGAAAGCCGGGAAGCACGUCUAUGUUGAGUGGCCGCUCGCGCAGGACGUCGAGCACGCGCGGAAGCUGGCGGACGCGGCGAGGGAGGCCGGCGGCCGGACGGCGGUGGGGGUGCAGGGGCGGUUCGCGCCGGCGUUGCUGAAGGUCCGGGAGCUCUUGGAGGAAGGGCGGAUCGGGAAAGUCCUGAGCAGCGAGAUCAAGGCGUCCGGUGGCUCGAUUGACCGGGAGAUUCUGCCGGUCGGGUUGAAGUACUUCGCCCAGCGGGAGAUCGGGGGCAACAUCGUCACCAUCGGGUUCGGACACCUGUUUGAUCAGAUCCAGCACGUCCUGGGCGAGGCGGCCAUCCGGCACAGCCACGCGCAGAUCCAGCGGCCCAACAUCCGAAUCCGCGACCCUUCGACCAAGCAGAUUGUCGAGACGAUCCCGAACGACGUCCCGGACCUCAUCGUCGCGACGACGACGCUCCCGCCCUCGGACCUCAUCGCGACGGACGCCACGCUCCUCGCGCGCUUCCGGCGCGGGCAGCCCUUCCCCGGCGACCCGCAGCUCGCGUGGACGGUCCACGGCGAGAGGGGCGAGAUCCGCCUCGUGUCCCAAGACAGCGCGGCGCUGCAGGCGUUCGCGGACGGCGACGCGGUCCGGAUCGAGGUACACGACUUCGAGAGCGACGUGGUCGAGAGGGUGGCAUGGGCGUGGGCGGACUGGCAGGACGGGCUGCCCGUGCCGGCAAGGUGUAUCGGGGCCGUGUACGAGGCGUUCGCCGAGGGCGAGGGGGCGGCCGGCGUGGCGAGUUUCGAGGAUGCCGUGAGGAGGCACGAGCAGAUUGCCGGGUUCUUUUCGGGCUCUAGCUGAGU